UCCUCAGGCUCUACAACACCAUCCCCGCCAACCACGCGCAAGAAAUGCAACCUCAAUCAAUUGCAAUACCAGUUGAACCAGUCAAAUGAAGCACCAUGAAGAGCCAUCAAAUACUAACCCUUCUUCUACCCGUAUGCCCGGUAUCGCGGGGUGACCGGGGUAGCUCUUCCCAAAGCACAUAAGAAGCAGCUCCAAUCCCACUGCAAAAGGAACACCAGCCCUCCCCUUGGCAUCUCUCCCAGAUCGCAGUUCCAAGACGCAGAGUUACCCCAGGCACAUCCAAAAUGCCCCCCCGUCUAGCCUGGGCAACAGCCCUCCUCCCAGCUCUCACAAGCGCCGCCUCCCUCCAACACAUCACAACCGACUUUGGCCCCAACCCCACCAACGUCUCUUUCUACCUCUACGUCCCCGACUCCCUCAUCCCUUCCGCGCCUCUCCUCGUCUUUCCGCACUGGUGCCACGGCAACGCGACCGACGCCUUCAACUAUAAGCCCUGGCGUCCCCUCGCCGACACACUCGGCUUCGUCACGAUAUACCCCUCCACACCGCACACCGCAGAUUACUGCUGGGACGUAUCCUCGCCGCAGACGCUCUCCCACGACGCCGGCGGCGAUUCCUUGGGUAUCGUGAGCAUGGUCCGCUGGACGCUUCAGAAUUACGACGUCGAUCCGGAUCGGGUUUUCGUUACUGGGGUGAGUUCCGGCGCCAUGAUGACGAAUGUUCUCGUAGGGGCGUACCCGGACGUCUUUGCCGCUGGCUCGGCGUUCGCAGGCGUGCCGUUUGGGUGUUAUGCUGCGGAUGGUAUUGCCGUUUGGUCUGAUGACUGCGCGAGCGGGCGGAUCACGCAUACUGGGGAAGAGUGGGCUUCCAUCGUGGAGGCUGCGUAUCCGGGGUACGCCGGUCCGAGGCCCAAGUUGCAGGUUCUGCACGGGGACGUAGAUAAUGUGCUGAAUGUGACGAAUUUCUACGAGGAGAUCAAGAUGUGGACUACGGUGCUGGGGACGGGAGUCACGCCGACAGAGGUCGUUGAGGAUGAUCCUGUUGAAGGGUGGACGAAGAGCGUGUAUGGGACGAAGGGGCUUUUUGAGGCGUUUUUGGCACAUGGGAUUGAUCAUAAUAUUCCUGACCAGGCGGAUGAGGUUGUGAGAUUCUUUGACUUGGAUUGUGUUGGGGAGAGUUGCUUCUCGCGCAAGUCGUUGCCUGUGCCGGGCACUUGUGCCAAGAGACGGCGCUCCUUAAGGGCUUACUAGCCUACCUCGAAUAUCUUGGAUAUGUGUGAGCGAAGUACUAGAUAGUAAGACAUGAGCUUCACAUGGCAAGUUAUACUUAUAUGCGCGCUAUGUGUAUUAUACCAG